AUGCGCGCCGACGCCGACGCCGACGCCGACGCCGGCGCCGCGUCGCCGUCGUCGUCGACGCCGACCGGCGCGAGCGCGCUGCACGAGCGCCACAUCGGAUCGACGCGAACGCUCGCGGCGAAGCGCUACGCCGGCAUCGUCCCCGGCGGCGUCGCCACGCGCAUCGGACGCGAGCGCGAGAGCGCGCGAGACCGCGCGCUGAACUCUCGCGCCGAGGCGCUGCGAAAAGCGCUGCGAAAUCGGACGGAGACGGCGACCGAGGGCGGGGACGCGCGCGCGACGGCGCGGUUGUACGAAUACGCGAGCGUGCUGCAGGAACAAGCCGAACGAUGCGAGAACCGAGGCGACGACGGCGCGCUGCGCGAGGAAUUAACGCUCCGGGCGUGCGAAGCGUACGGUAGGGCGGCGGAGAUGGACGGAGAGCGACACGGGGUGCUGUAUAACUGGGGCAUCGCGUUGGGCGACCGCGCGGAGCGAGCGACGACGCGAGGCGACGGAGACGCGGCGAGGAAACUGUGGGACGAGGCGAUAGAUAAGUACGAAAGAGCGUCGAGAACGACGGCGAGCGGGACGGUGUCGACGCAGCAGGCGACGCAAGGGUUGAAUAAUCUCGGUUUGGCGUAUCAGAGUCGCGCGGCGUGCGUGGAUUUCGAACGCGCGGCGAAGAGUUUGGAGGCGACGCAGAGGGCUCGAGAGGAGCGCGUGCGGUCGCUCAGCGCGGGUGUGCGCAAGUUUCGACGCGCGCUCAGACUCGAUCCGAGUUUCGAUCGCGCGGCGUAUAAUUUAGGCACCGCCGUGUACGCGCUGAGCGUCGAGUACGCGUCGAUGGCGCGCUUGUACCCGCAAGACGCGUCGCUCGCACCGUUGUCCAAGGACUACGCCGUCGCCGCCGCCAUUUACGUCGGCUUAGCGCUCGCCAACGAGCCGCACAACGACGUCUACGCCACCUCCCACGGCAUCGUCAAGCACUUCGUCCCGUCGCCGCGCGUCUUCGACGAGCGCUUCCUCUUCGCCUCCGACGACGCCCCUCCCGACGACGUCCUCGACGUCCGUCUCGUCCUCGACGCCCACUCCCUCCGCGCGUAUUCCGACGCCGAUCCCUCCGUCCCCGUCCUGGACGUCCCCCUCGCCGCGAUCGCGUCCUUCGAGCCCGUCGAGGACGCGUCGCUCGCGUCGGGCGUCGCCCGCGCCCUCCUCGGCGUCGUCGAUCCCGACGUCCCCCAGCGCCUCUUCGCGUGUCCCAAUCCCCGCGUUCGCGACAGGGUCAUCGACGCCGUCGUUCUCGCGCGAGAUUUAGCGCGCCGCCGACGCGAGGCCGACGUUCGCGCCGCCUUCGCGUCGUGA